UGACGAUGAAAUUACGGAUAGACGCUCCUCGGACAGCCGCUAUAUGACCAAUGUAUUUACAGGAAUAAAUCAUGCAUUACAGACCGCAAAUAGGCCUAUUCGAAAAAAAAAAAACAUAGCCUACCAUCAAAAUAAACAAGUUGAAAGUAUUAACUUUUAAUGGUACGCUCACGGACGGCGUGUUUGACAUGUGGCGAAUCUCUGUUAAAAAACGUUGUGCUUUUUGUCUCUGCGCGUGUGCGUUUGUGUUUUUAAUCAUGACAUUUCAGGUUAUUGAGCAGUUAGGACAGUUUGAGCAGGCUGCUCACAGACAGCAGUUUACACACGUACAAGCCGUCCGGGUGAUAGAUGUCCCAUAUCCUGUCAUUGUGUGGUGGUCUCCUCUGACCGGAGAACUGGGACGUCUCGGAGAGUGUGGCCGUAACAGGUGUUUCUUCACUGUUAACAAGUCCUAUCAUUCCCAUCCACAGACAAAAGCUUUUCUUUUCUAUGGUACCGAUUUCAGCAUUGAGAGUCUCCCUCUUCCUAGACAUGAGCAGCACCAGUGGGCACUGUUUCAUGAGGAGUCACCCAAGAAUAACUACAAGCUUUUUCAUGAGCCACUCAUUACCCUGUUCAACCACACAGCGAGCUUCAGCCGCCACGCUCAUCUGCCUCUCACCACGCAGCACCUGGAGAGCAUCAACGCUCUCACCGCACAAACACACCUGCUUCCUCUGGCCUACAAAAACCACCUGAGGAAAACUCUGGCGCCUGUGGUGUACGUCCAGUCAGACUGCGACCCGCCAUCUGAUAGAGAUGUUUAUGUUCAAGAGCUGAUGCAGCACAUUCAAGUGGACUCGUACGGACAGUGUCUUCAUAAUAAAGACCUGCCGCCUCACCUGAGAGACUCUACUGCAAUGGACGAUCAAAAUUUCUACCAGAUCCUUACCCAGUACAAGUUCGUCCUGGCCUUUGAGAAUGCCAUCUGUGAUGACUAUAUCACUGAGAAGCUGUGGAGGCCGCUCAAGCUAGGUGUAGUGCCAGUGUACUACGGAGCACCUAACGUACACAUGUGGUUGCCAGAUAGCAGGAGUGCGAUCGUGGUGGAUCCUGAUGAGCCGCCGAAGAAGCUCGCUCAGUAUUUAAAGUGGCUGGACAAGAAUGACUGGGAGUAUCUGAAAUAUCUGGAGUGGAAGCUCAAGCGUGAAAUCUCGAAUGUGAAUCUGGUGACAGCACUGAAGGAACGUCAGUGGGGUGUUCAGGAUAUCGGUCAAGAUAACUUCAUUGAUGUCUUUGAGUGCAUGGUGUGUAACAGGGUCUGGGAGAAUAUCCACAGGCAGGAAAAGAAGCUGCCCCCUAAAGUCUGGCGAGCUGAAGAAAGUCACCUCAAGUGCCCAUCUCCAAAACUGUUUGACUUUGCCGUGAGCUCAAGCUCAUCUCUUCGGCAGAUGUGGAGAGCCAGUUAUGAGCAGUCCAAGAAAGAAGCCAGAGCGCUCGGACUGAUGCUUCGCAGGAACAGAAACUUCACUGUCACGCAGUUCUGGAGAGAAGUGUUUACAGACCGAGAGGAAACCGCUAACUGAACUGUAGUUAUCAUGUUUAUUUUGAUGGUAAACCUGUGGGUUGCGGGAGGAGAAAGAACUUUAAGAGGUGUCUGAUCCUGCUCAUAGAAUCACAGUCCUACAGAGUUCAACUCCAACAAAUUAAACACAAGCUGUAAAGGUCUUCAGGAUCAUCAGGUGUGUCUGUGCAGCUAAACUCUGCAGGAAGAGGCAGGAUUGGACCCCCUUAGUAUGCAUCAAUGGUAAAACAGCACUGUAUUUUUUUCCUGAGCAUCUUCUUUGUGUUCAAAUGAGAUUAUUGCAGAAGGCGGAACAGGUCCUAUGCGUUUCUCAUCAGCCUAUGUAGACAAUGUUUAGUACUCAAGGCAGCAGCCUAAUAUUCUUUAAACAAAUGGCAACUUUACACAUUCUAGAUAUGAAUCAGGUUCCUUGUAUAAAAGGCUUCUCAAAAAAUAAAAUCCCUUCUUUUAUUGCUGUGUA